AUGGCAGAAGUAACUUACACGUAUAUUCGAAAUCCUUACCCGCUACCGGAAGUUACUCGAGAAGGAGAUUGGAAACGACGACCCGUACUAGGUAAUAAAGUUUCACCGAAGGAUAGAAACUGGAGUACCAAGUUAAAACCCCAUGAACGUCUCUUUGCACAUCAUACGCUAAAUAGUAUACGGAAAGAUAAUAGACUUAUGAGAUCACAGGUACCAAAUGACUCACUGGAUUUUGCACUUACAACGGUGUACAUUCACAAUGAAGAUACAUUGGUACCUAAAAUGUACGUCCCCAUGCAAGCAGAAUCAUUAGGAAAGAGGACCUGGCGUGUUUUGAAAAAUAAAAUUGAGAUAAAGUCUCCGAUAAUUUUGGAAGAAGAGGAUCCGAUAUCUCUGUUCCUGAAGAAAGCAGAAUGUUAUCAUGGCCGGUUGCCAGAGAGAAGAGUUCACCCGAGCAGCGUGAAAUUAAAUAUCACCGGUCCUCACGCAGUUCAAUCUAAUCCCGGAUACAGUCGCAAAAUUGACGGAACUUUUUACGGUAUUUAA